CUUCCAUUUUGCGAUUGCCCUCCCGCUUGCCUGGGCGGGCCCAGAGGUUCCAGGUUUCUCUUCACAAGGAAGGCUGGUGGCAGUCGAGCGGAGCUCCGCCAGUUCAAGUCACAUGCUUUGUUUUGGCGGUGAGGGCAGUUUUAGCAGGCUGUGUUUGGUUCUCUUCGGAUGCCCUAACAAAAAGCAAAAGCCCUUCCAGGUUUGUUCCUGAAGGCGCAACUUGGAUUGCUCGCUGAACUUCUCCCUUCUUCCUCAUCACCUCGGCAGUGAUCGUAUUCUACGCCGCCGCCGCAGCGCCUCCAUCCUUCCUUCGCGAACCUGCGGGAGGCAACAUGGCAAGCGCCACGAACGACCCAAGCAUUUACAAAGGGCCCGUCGGACCCCUCCGCCACCGCUGCCCGCAAUGCACAGCAACAGGCCCCAAGCUCCUCCGAUGCAGCGGCUGUCGCGCUGUCCGCUACUGCGGCCGUGACCACCAGGUCGCCCACAGGACUAUGCACAAAUCCGCUUGCACCAAGAUCAGGAAAGCCCGCGCCAAGGUCGCCGAAGAAGACCACCGUAUUCGCAACGCCACGCCAGACUUCAUGACCCCAGCCAACGCAUUCGAGACAGACGUCGGCCACUUCUGGGGCCUCGUCCACACGCGCGACUACAUGCGCGCGCGCUUCGACCUGGCCGAGCAGCUACUCCAGCUAGGCACAUUCGACGGCGUGACCGAGGCCCUCGAGCACAUGCGGGAUAUGCUGAGGCUGUGUCGGGGCGACAACCUUGGGUUGCGGAACAUCGUGCCGGCGAUCAUGCUGCGACUGGAUCUCGACCAAGAGUGCUAUGAUUUCGUCAAGUGGUGGGCGACGUGCGACCCAGACGGCCACUACGAUUGGGGCGACACAACGUUGCCGUACCUCAAUAUCCGAGGGGCUGACGUGCUUGAGGAUCCGGGUUUUCUUCUUGGCAAAUAUGCGGCGUUGAACCACGUUAUUGCUGUUCUGCUGCUGAAGCUGAAGCUGCUCGUCGACAUUCGCAGUCUGAAGAUCACCCGAAAGAUCCUCGCCCGGCGCCGCCUCCCCUUGGAGCUUUGGAAGCAGAUCGAACUGGAAGCCAUCCGGAGUCCCCUCUCCGCUAAGCUUCAGAAAGAGUCACCCGAGUCACUGCUCAAGUUAGAGGCGAAGCUCCUAAACCACAUCCGCCAGCUCGGCACUACCCUGGUCAAAGUCAAUCAGCACUUCAUGUUCCACCUCUUCGAUCCAGACGAAGCACUCUCCGCCAAGCCCAUGGCAUUCUCAUUCGGCUCCUGGGAAGAAAUGGCCCUCGCGAUGCAGAACUCGUACGCCGCGUGGUGGGAGACGGAAGGCGUCCUAGACCUGCUGAAGGACGCGCGUGCGUGCGCGGCGCGGGACUCGGAGAACGAGAUUGAAGGCAUGAUGGAGAGCGAAACGUUCAGGUCGGGGGCGGGCUCGCGCCGGACGGCGGAGCAGCUGCUCGCGGACGUGAGCGUGAACCGGAUCUGGGGAUACUUGGACUACGCGGUCGAGAACGCCUCGUACUUGGGCCCCUGGUCUGAGCGGCCUUCUGAGAGGCAUACGAGGGAGAAUAGGGAGAGUUGGGAGAGGGCUGCGAGAGAGGAGGCAGAACUCGAGGCCUCGCUUGAUGAAGAGGAGUGGAGUGACAGUGAAUAGCUUUCUCUUUGUCAGAUACUCUCAAGAGUGUUAUGGCCUCGUUUGCGCCGAAAAGUUUGCAUCCUUGUGCCCAACCAAAACCGCAUACAGCGGGCCAGCAGCGUGGGAAGGCCGUCUUUCAGCCGGAACAUGUCCUUGAUGGCAUGUAUAGCACGAGACUUGCCUGUGGCCCCCUCGACCAAUCGCUCCUCGAAAAGAUCUGUCGAAAAGCCUGGGAAUAAAAGCGAAGCUUGACUUCCCUCUUACAGUGCAUACACUAUGUGCAUGCAACCACUGUUACAGAGCUCACCCUGAAGCUUCGCUUCAAUGAAAAAUAGGGACCCUAUGGCGACUAUCUGCGUCUGCAAGUCUAAAGCGAAGCCGAGCGGUAAGUUACCUACGGAAAAUUAAC